AUGACCACCGCCGACCACCCUCCCUCCGACUUCGCACAGCUCAUCGCCCUCACCCGCAUCUCCCCCUCCCACUUCCGCUCCGUCGCCCAACCCUUCCGGCCCGGCGCGGCUCGAGGCGUCUUUGGCGGCCACCUCCUCGCCCAGUCCCUCUACGCUGCCUCACUCACUGUUCCCUUGCGCUCGGGCUUGGUCUGCAACAGCUUGCAAGCCCAAUUCUUAGCUGCAAACACCGACGCCGUACCGUUCAAUUACCACGUCGACAACGUCCGCGACGGCGGCACUUACCGCAUCCGCCAGGUUCGCGUAUACCAAAACCUUGACCCAGACAACCCCGACCACGAAACGUAUGUCUACACAUGCUUUGUCUCGUUCAAGUACAUCGAAGGUCUCCAUGACCCUGUUUACUACGCUGCCAGCCAAGUUCAUGGCAAUAAAUGGGGUCACAUCCCCGCCCCACCCCCCGUAAAUCAUAUCGUCCCUGACAACUUGCCGUCUGUCCCUGAUAUCGACCUCCCAAUGUGGGUCGCAUGGGCCUCGGAUCCCGAUAGUGGAUUCGUGCAGAUCAAGCAUGCCGUCGACGUUCGCAGAGCUCCUGAACAAGAUCCUGCUACGAUUCCUGAUAAUUUUGAAGACCGAAGGAUGUACCACUCCUACAAAACAAUUCUCCCACUCCCCGACGACGAUCCGAACAUGCACCUGGCGGCCCAUAUCUAUGCAUCUGAUAGAAACUCCCUUUUCACCUCUUCACGCCUAAUUAAUAGAGUCGACGACAUUAAUCGCGUGGUAUCCCUAUCCCACACAAUAAUAUUCUACCCCCCGUCAAAGCCCUCGCGGGGAUUAUUUGUGCGCGCAGACAAGUCGUGGAAUACAAUGGAGAGCUGGACUACCAGAAGUGGUGACGGACGACUAUCGUAUGUCGGCAGGAUGUACGAUGAUGAGGGCGAGAUGUUUGCCGAGUUUAUGCAGGAUGGACUCUGUAAGUUUGGCGAUUUACCUCCAAAGACCAAGCUGUGA